UUGAAACUAAAUUUUUCUGCCUACCUUUUUAACUGUACAUUACUUUUAUUAAUACUGCAUUAUUUAUCUAGACUUUUCUGGAUUUUAACUUUGUUUUACAUCCGGUAUAUUUUUAAUCACUAUAGUUAAAUUUAGAUAUUUCAACAAUUUUAUUCACGAAGAUAAAUUAAACUUUUCAUAAUAUUUGAAUGAAUGAAUUUAAAAUUCAUUCAAUUUAAAUAAACAUUUGCUUAACAAUUGAAUAGUGCAGAGUGUUUAUUCCUCUCUUACGCUUCGAAAUGGAAAAUGGAUGUGUCAUUUAAUUAAGAAAUUAAGAAAAAUCAUUGGUCAAAGGAUUAAGAUCCAUCUUACAUUACUGGCGGCAACGAUUGUUAAAGAUGGCAUAGGAAAACCUGAUCCAACAAUAUGACAAAUGUAUGAAUCUUCAUGACGAUUAUGUCUAAGGAUAACAAUGAUUCAGAAUCUUCUAAAAAAGUGUUGGAUCCUGAGUUAUAUAGUGCAAAACGAACACCAUUGGACCAUGUGAAAUAUUUUAUCUCCGAAAAGCUUCGUCAAUUAGGAUGGGGUCAAACAGAAGAAAAGGAGGUUGUAUUGGACGUUGGCUGCGGACCAGGAGGAAACACCCUUCAGCUGAUUUUGCCUCUAUUUCCUCAAGCUGAGAAGAUAUUUGCAAUAGAUUUUUUACCAAACAUGAUAGAGUUUGCACGGAUUCAUAACUGCCAUCCACUCAUUGAGUACAAUGCGGCCGAUAUCGAAAAUUGGUCUAUGGUUCAACAAUGGAAAGGUCAAAUAUCUAAAAUUAUCAGUAUUCAUUGCGUCCAGUGGCUGAAAGAUAAGAAACAAGGUUUCCAGAAUAUGUUUGAACUCUUAAAACCUGGUGGUGAAGUGGCUUUCUGCCUGGUCAUGGAAUCGCCUGUGUAUGCCUCAAUUCUGGCAUUGAAAAGCAAUUCUAAAUGGAACAAAUUCGUCAAAGAUGCUGAUGAUUUUGUUUCCGAUGAUCAUAUUAAUAAAUACGAGUCUUCACGCUACUUAAAAUUGCUGAUGGAACUAGGAUUCGACGUCCUGUAUUUCGAACAAGGGGUGAAAUCGGAUCCGUUUACUUCAGAUGAAGAAUACCGAGACUUUUUUGCAUCAAUCUGUGCCCUGGUACCUCAUGUUCCUAGUGACCAAAGAGAGGAAUUUAAAGACGAUAUGUUUCAAGAAAUGCUGAACCGGAAUGGUCGAGACAGUAGUGGAAGACCUGUUCACCGAGCCAACAUCAUCGAGGUGGUCGCACGAAAAAAAAGUGUCUGAAUAAUAAUUUUAAAGCUAUUUUAUAUAUUUCAUUAUUUUGAAAUUCUUCUAUUUUGAUAUUUUAUGAAUGAAACUCGGGUAAAAGAUUUUAUUAAUCAGUUGCCUAUGAUUUUUUGGGGAAAUUCCUGUUUUUUAUUGAUAACUAAUAAAAUGCAAGUAUUUUAAAAA